AUGAACUGGGUUGAGAUUACCCCAGAUUGGCUCCACCAACAGAACAUUGUGAGGGCUUUCAUUGCGUCACACAACCAACCAAACCAGUUCGCCGAAGAAUCGACGUUCCACCUUGCUGCUCUCGAAGGAGGCGUCCAUUAUGUUGUUCGCAUCUCAACAACUGCUGCAAACGUUCGCCCAGAUUGCCCUGUAUACUAUCCGAGAACGCAUUGGGCAAUUGAGACGUUGCUGAGCUCACCUGAGUUUCAAGCUCUACACUGGACCUCGUUGCAGCCCAACGUCUUUUCGCAGCUGUACCUUUCUACUGCUGUGGAGCUGGUCAAGAAUUUCCGCAAGACUGGAAGGCAGGAUACCCUAAGGUUGAUGGCUUCAGAGGAUGCCCCUGUUGGCAUUGUUGACCCAUAUGAGGUCGGACGUCUUGCGGCCCAUCUACUACUCCAAGAAGAUGUUACCCCUCAUGACAAAGCCAAAUAUGUCGUGAACGGGCCGGAGGAUAUUACUGGCAGGCAGAUCGUAGAAAUGGCUGAGAAGUACAUGGGAGCGAAAGUUGAAAAUGUCUCCUUUCAAGAUAUGUUGUUUGUCGACUACCUAGCAGAACAAACUCACGAGUCGAAAAGCGUCAUUCUAUCUAUUAAAAAGGCAGCCGAAACAGCGUGGGAGGGAAAAUGUACGUCUUCUACGACGAGUAACGAAGUUUUUCAGGUAGCCGGGCCGAAAGCCACGCCCGCUAUGGUCUUCAAGGCAAUGGUAGAGGAAUAG